AUUUAAUUACAAAGUUAUCCGAGGCUGAGGGUGUACUAGCGAAUCAUUAUUCCCAAUAUCGUUCACAUUUAAAAGAAAUUCGUGUUCGAGAAGACAAUAUGAGAGAACAACGGUUAAGAAGAGAAACUUUAUGGAGUAAAUUAGAAAAGGAAGAACGUAAGGCAAAUCCUUCUAAGCGUUCUGAAAAUGCUGAAAAGAGAAUUCAAGAUUAUCAGAAUGAAUUAGAUAAAUUAGACAAGGAUACUCUUGAGGCUGAGACAGCUGUAGCUGAUUUCAAACGCAAAGAAUUACAUACAGCAUUAACAGUUCAAUUUGAUGCAUUUCUCGAGUUUGGAGAAAAAUUGGUCAUUAUAAGUAAACAUUGCAAGAAAAUAAUUGACCAAAUUCCCCUGACUGAUACACGUCCUGGUGAACCAAGAGAACAAUAUCGAGGAAAGGGAAUUACAUCACAAGCUGUUGCUGACGCCAAGCAAGCACUAGAAAAUUGGGCACUACCACAAGCAAAUUCU